GGAAAGCACGUGUCUGUGUUUGGGGGUCGACAAGGGGAGGACAAAUUACAUCCAGGAAAAGAGCAAUAUAUCAAGGUGUACUGUAAUUAGGGAAUAUUUCUGCAAUCACUGUAGGGGUAUUAGCCUUUAUCGCUGGUGAAAAAUCGAAUUUUCCAAUCGACGUUUCGCAAUCUGGGAAAGUCCGUAAACACCGUGCUGCAUGAACCUUCAAAAAGCAAAGAGAGCAAACUUUUUAUUCCAUUGAGAACGAGGAACACGACCGCACGAACAUGACAGCUGUAGCAAUAAAGCUGCUUUCCCUGCUUACAGUGCUCUCCUUGGCUGAUGUUCAAGCACAGACCGCGAACUGCUCUCCUUAUCAAUGGACCUUUGAGCAGAUCUCUGAGAAGCUGAAGAUCCCAAGUGAUUGUUUAAAAACGCGCAUUGAUGAAUGGACAACCAACCAAACUGCAGAAAUAUUCAACAACCUGAACCGGCUGGUGGAUAUUAUUAAGAAAUAUAAAAAAAAAGAAUGUACGGAUGCUUCUCCUAAACAAUGCCCAGUUCCAGAAGCUCCGAGUAACGGAGGGGUGGUGUGUGUGUCUGUUGGAGAGAAUCGCUUCUGUAAACCAAUGUGCAAUAAGGGCUACGACUUCAGCUUCUUGAGGAUUUCAAGGCUGUAUGAGGAAUGCAGCAAUGUCACGAUGUACCAUUGGACCUCUCAGUACGUGGGCGGCAACAGGCUGGCCAUCUGUGACGAGUCCAAAAGUCCAGUAGCAGGUGCGCCCUCAGCCUACUUCCCCGAGAACCAGGACUGCUUUACGACUCUAAGCAACUCAACACUUGAGCUGAAAAUCAUUAAGAAAUUUCAAGAGGAGCUGGGGCAGAAAAAUAUUAAAGGUCCUUACAAAGAUCAGUGUCUUAUGUGCGGAAAGUGAGCUUUCUCUUUCCCUGGUAAGGUGAAACCCUGGACCAAGGAUGUUUGAAUUUCAUAAUUAAACCUGUAUUCUGAGCUUAAGAAUUGUAAUACACAUGUCUUAGUCCCACCUAUUAAAAAACUCAUCAGUAAAACCAUAAA